UCCGAUGGAAACAUCAUGUAAACAUCGUGUAAACAUCGCUGCUAGACUCUUUAUCUUAUAUCUAAUCCACCACUGGAAACUCAGGACACGGAAUGGACAGGUUUUGUCCGGAUCAAAUGUUUAAAAACAUCAGUAGAGCUCGACUUGUUAGCAUUUUCUGGACACUGAUCCUGACCAUGAUGCUGUAUCCAGUCAUGUCGAUGUUGGUUGUUCAGAUUUAUACAGCCCUGAGCGGCAGUUACCUCGCCGGACAUCAUUCUAUAUUGCUCAUCAACUGUCCUACUGAGCAAACUGCUAAAGAUAUCGGCAGACACAUCAUGCAGAAAAGGAUGGCAGCGUGUGUGAAUAUUCUUCCUCCUACAUUCACCAUGUUCUACUGGAAUGGGGAGAUUCAAGAUGCUUCUGAAAUCCUGCUGCUGGUGAGGACCAGAACGUCUAUGAUCCAGCGACUCACUGAGUUUGUAAAAUCCAUACAUCCAUACCAUACUCCAGAAAUCCUUAGUUUUCCCAUUCAAGAUGGAAGUGACUCAUACUUCAAGUGGAUAGAUCAUGCAGUUCCUGAUGUAUAACCCAAUUGUUGUCCAUCGUCGAAUGGUUAGAGAACAUUUAGUUCUGGUCUUUAAAGGUUGCUAUAUAAUUGAGGAGAGGAAAUGAAAAAAGAAUCUUUAUCACACAUUUUACUUAUUUUAACAACCAAAGAGUGUGUGAAUGAAAUGAAGACCUGCACUAACUGUACAUCACUACUAUAAACCUUUCUUUAGUGCAGAUCACACGGAAUUAACAAAAGCAUACACCAAAUGCAACUAGUUAUCCAUUAUACACAGAGUUCACAUAGAUACAGGUUAGGCUAUGCUCCAAAGUAGGCCAUCUUCACUUCCUUACAGUCAUCAGCCAAUUAUUUGGAACUAACCUCACAAUUAGAGUCUUCAGAGUUAUUUUAUGCUUUAACGCUACAGUGAUUUGCACUUUAGAAGUUCACUCAUAAUGCUAAAGGAAGUACCCAGCCAUCUCUCAGCAAGCUUGGGUUGUUUCCAGAGAACCUUUCAGCCUUGCUUCCUGCCUGCUUCAUUCAUGUUUCCACCUGCCCCAUGUUGUUGUUUCCCCAGUAUUGGAUUUGGACUGUUUGUUGGCUUGGAUUAUUGCCUGCCCUGUGUUGUUAAGAAUCCUCUUUUGGUUUUGGAUUAUUGGACCGUUAUUCUUACUGACACACACCCCCAACUCGGAAACUCUGAGCUAAAAAGAAAAUCCAGACUCUCCCGGUCAUACUUACCAUCAUGCUCAACAUGUAAAUAUAGUUUUUCCAACAUGAAUUAUAUGCACCAUGAGUCUUCUCCUAUAAUGUUCAAUGAGAUUCUUUCCAGAUUCUCCAGAGUCCUUGGUCUUCUCUUGUGUACUGGACGCUGCUCCUCAACUCAGCGGUUUUAGGUGCUUUUUAAGUCAGGCCUGAUUCUGUAAACUACUGGAUCAUUGACUUGCUAGAAAGUUCAAUCGUAGAUUCUUGGAAGAGGGAGAUUCAGGGAGAGUUUAAUUUCCUCUGAAACCAUGGUGUCCAUAAUGCAAUUUAUUCUAACAAGGUUUCCAUUGUUAAUGAGUAAACAUACCCACACAGAAAAUCCUUAACCAUACUCAGGAAUGGGGACUGUUUUCUGCACAGCCAUCCUUUUCUUUUUUUUUUUUUUUGUUUCAAGCCAACAUUGAGUGUUUGUUUGACCGAAAGCUCUUUGUCAAAGUUCAGGUGCAUUUAGCAAACAACGGCUGCUUAUGCAUGUGGAUUGAUGACACGAAGGCAUAGAGAUGGCAUCUGCAUAAAAAUGUAACGGUGAAGGUUCAGAAACAGGAUCAAUGUUUAUGUCCUUUAAGUUCACUGACAGGGAAAUUUUCUCUACUUCUAGAUUUAGAGACUUACCAGUGGAGAAAUCUUAGCUGCUAACCUCCUCACCGUUAGUGUGUGGGUAAAAUACUCACAUCCUCUUCCUCAUUAGAGCUCCAGAGGUACUUCUUCAUACUUAUUGAAUUACACAUUGUGUCUUAAAGGUGUAUUGCUCUUUUCUAUAUUUAUAUCUUUAUAGACUAUUGGUUAAGGUGUUGGACUAGGUUUGCUAGUUCAAAUCCCAGGUCCACCAAGCUGCCACUGCUGGUGUACUUCUGGGGAGCUCUCUGCAGGCUUGCAGUGAUUUACAAUCAGAUGUGUUUACUGUAUGCAUUUUCCCCCACCAUUAAAUAAACGGCAACAUGCAUUUAUACGACUACAGCUGAGUGUUGGAUGAAAUCAGAUAAAAUUUGGUAACACACAACUUUGACCACUGAAAUGUCAUAAAUAUUUAUUUAAUAUUAUUGAACAAUACGAACUACAGCAGUGAUCUACAGCACUUGCUCAAAUAAUAAUCAUAGUAGUAGUAGUAAUAAUAAUAAUAAUAAUAAUAAUAGUUUUGUUUGAGGCCACAUCUGAAACACAACCAUUUACAAGUAGUACUUGGCAUUAAAAACAAUGGCAAUACAAUUUUUAAGACACUUGGUGUUUUUUUUUUUUUGUUUUUUUUAACUCUCUUUUUUUUCUUCUUUUUUUUGAGUUUUAAUUUCAAUAUCAGCAACAGAUUCAGCGACAGUCUAAACAGAUAAUAUUGAUUCAAAUACAAAACCCACUGUGAAAACAACGACGAUCGCGGAUCGGGGAAAACGGUGGGACAGGAGGCGAAGAGAACAAAAUCUUCCGUCAGUCAAAAGCGUCGCACGCUCCUUCCUUUAAUCAUCAGGCGAGGAUAAAAACUGCAGUGCAACAGUAAUACACUGACGAUCUGUAUGUGCAGAAAAAAUAGUCGCACAAUUCCGCUUUUCAAUCAGGUUACUACUAGUUUUGGAUUACGGUUGUUGAGGCGAAUACAGAGUCAGAAAAAAAUGAAGAGAGGGCAUGCAUUAAGCGUAACACGAUUCCAGCACUGUCUUUCCUAUGUCUAUGUAUGCCAAUGUUUCACGGGCCAUAAACAUUGGUUACCAUUUCACAAUUAUAGAACUUAAUUUCUUUAUAGUCUGAAUUCAAACCCUUAGCUGACAUUAAUAUGAAUUUUUCCCUUCUAUGUAAACUGUCUGUGGCUUGUGAAGGUAUCAAAUCCUAAUUCUAAGGUUUCAGUAUACAAAAUCCCUUUUUCAGUUUAUAAUUAGAUUUUAAGGGAGGCAUGCAGGUGUUCGGGAGCCCUUUAAAUCCAGAGGCAAAAAAGUUUUUUUUUUUUUUUAAAGAGUGCACUUUGAUAGUAUCACACGUGCUAAUGAAACAAUGUUUUUUGUCUCCGCUUAAUUGGAAUAGCUAUAGGUAGUGGUUUCUAGGUGGAGCUACUUGCCUCAUGGGAGAUGUAGUCAAUGUCCAGUCUGAUAUAUAACGCUGCUAAUGGGAGUUGUAGUAGGAAAAUGGCACUUGUGGGAGACUUCUGCCCUGUUUGCAAAAGGUGUGCGGGUCAAGAUUGUUAACUUGGGUGUAACAUAACAUUUAACUUACCGAUAUCCUUUAUUAAUGUUUCAGCACUAAAUAUAUUUAAGAAAGGAUUUCUGUGUGUUUGUAACAUUUUAUAUAUAUAUAUAUAGUUUCUAUCUUUUAACUGAAAUAAUUACAGUGUGCAAUUUGACAGAUAAAUAGACAGAUAAUCUGAUUUUGGUGCUUCAGAUUUACAUUCAGGUUUGGUUGCUAUGCUAUGCUUUGGAACUCAUCCUGUGACCUGGAAAUAUAAGCUAUGACCUUAAGUGUUCCAUGGCUAUGUUAUCAUUAAGUGUUUCGAGAGUCGAUAAAACCUGAUUGAGGCCCUGUGAGUUACUUCAGAAAGGAUUAAGUCAAAUCAAAUUCUUAUCCCAGAGCUUAGCUUUUUUCUUUUCCUUACAGCAUUUUGAUAUUAUGACUGUUUGCUAAUUUCAGCUUGAGUCUCACUGAGCAGACACACACACGCACACGUACACACACGCACACACAGUGCAUUGUAACCUUCCUAUCACACUGGUUAUUGUAAACUCACUCGGGUGCAAAGCUUUGUUGUUCCAUUUCUACAUCGCAUUGUGUAGAUGUGGACAGAUACAAAAGUAAAAAAAAAAAAACAAAUUCAAAUAACAUAAAAUGUAAAAUUAAAAACAACCAAAACAACAAAUAGCACGCAGGUGAAGUUAGGAAGGGGCUACAGAAGACACACUGUGGGAUUGUCAUCACUUCAGGUCUAGAAUUUCCUCUUCAAAGGAUGCGGAGAGUGUUAAAGUGCUGGUCAGCGGUGGGCUGCCUUCAUGGGGCUCCGCCUCUGAGCCAGAGGAACAAUGCCGUUGAAUAUCGAUGUCGCCGUCAACACACUCCAACCCGACUCUGGAGGAUUAGACAGAUCCUGUUUUAAAAAAUGUUGUUUACACACUGCAUCCAAAAUAGCUGUGUUUUUAGACAGGAUUACAUGUGUAAUAUAUUAAAUGUACAGUAUGUCAUUAUUUCAUUUGUUUUGUCUUUUAUUAAAAAUAAAGCUGUAUUAAACACUUA